CUCCUUCGGCGACCUUCCCUCGUGUAUUAUAUAUAUAUAUAUAUUUAUUCUCUUCAAAUUCCCUGGGCUGCUCUUCUUGUCUCAGAAAAGCUUCUCCCUCUUGUCUUGCAAGCAAAAACGUGGAAGCUUUAGAAGUAGAGGAAGAAAAUAGCGAUUAAAUCGAGCUUGAUUGAUCGGUGGACCGAAGAAUUAGAGCACUUUUUGCCAGGAAUCUUCUCUUCGCCAUUCGAUGAAGACCCUUUGACCUCAACCCGACGAAGCAAAUAGAGCAGAGAGCUUACCGUUUGUAUUGGUCCUUGUUGGCUGAAAGAAUAAUUUGAUUCUGGCAGGGUAAGUAGCUUUCGAGAGAUGGAGUUGCUCUCCAUUGGCUGCACUUCUGUACCAUGCCAUCACUUUGCUAAUCUGAACUGGAAAGUUGGAGAUAAUAGCCUAAGUUUGAAGAAUUCCAAGCUCUUUCCCCGUAGGAAAACUGGAAUUUUCUGUGUUGCACCUAAACCCUCUUGGGGUUUAGGGAAUUCUCACCAGGACAGUGAUAAGGUCGAGAACCUCUAUCAGAAAGAAGGGAUUAGAUUGUUAAGUCUGCUUGAAGGUCUCCGAAAUCGUGCCAAUGCUGAGAUCACCACUGAAAACCAUAAUUAUUACGUGACUGAUGGAAAGGUUGAUCUGAGGCAUAUCCCUGAGAAAGUUGAUGAGGUUGCAAAAGUUCUGAUUCCAGGUCUACCCGACGACGACUCUGAGGAGAAUCCUGGUUCUCCAAUCUGUAGUUGUUUUUGGGAAUGGAAGCCCCAAUUGCCAGUCCACUAUGAGAAGUCUGGGUUGGAGAAUGUUCAAGCACCGAACGUGCUCUUUCUUCCAGGUUUUGGGGUUGGAUCUUUUCAUUAUGAGAAGCAGUUAAAAGAUCUCAGCCGUGAUUAUAAGGUGUGGGCAUUGGAUUUCCUGGGGCAAGGCCUGUCAUUGCCAUCUGAAGAUCCAGCUCCUUCUGACAAGCCAGGAGAGAGUACUGAACAAAGGGAUGCAAUGUGGGGUUUUGGGGAGGUAUCUGAGCCUUGGGCACAGGACCUAGUCUACUCUGUUGAUCUAUGGCGAGACCAAGUUAAGCAAUUCAUUGAACAGGUUAUCGGUGAACCGGUUUAUGUCGUUGGGAAUUCUCUAGGAGGCUUUGUUGCUCUAUACUUUGCAGCAUGCAAUCCAGAGCUAGUAAAAGGGGUUACAUUGCUCAAUGCAACACCAUUUUGGGGAUUCCUCCCUAACCUUACUAGAUCACCUAGAUUGUCCAAAUUGUUUCCAUGGGCUGGGACAUUUCCUCUACCUUCAAGUGUGAGAAAGCUCACCGAGUUCAUAUGGCAGAAGGUAAGCGAUCCCGGUAGCAUACUGGAGCUGAUAAAGCAAGUUUAUGCAGACCCUUCUACAAAGGUUGACAAAGUCUUCUCUCGCAUAGUUGAAACAACACAACAUCCUGCAGCAGCUGCAUCACUGGCCUCAAUAAUGUUUGCUCCCAGGGCACAGCUAUCAUUCCAGGAAGCCUUGUCGAGGUGCCAAACGCAAGACGUUCGCAUCUGUCUCAUGUAUGGUAAAGAAGACCCCUGGAUUAGGCCUAUCUGGGGCCUUAAAGUGAAAAAACAAUUGCCAGAAGUACCAUAUUAUGAGAUUAUCCCAGCUGGUCACUGCCCCCAUGAUGAGGUUCCUGAGGUUGUAAACUUUUUGUUGCGUGGAUGGAUUAAAAACCUGGAGUCCAAAGGCUCUAUUUCAUUGCCUCUUCUUGAAGAACCUGACAAUGUUCAGGAUGGCAUCUUUAGAGAGUUGGAGUUUGCCAGAGAAGGAUCACGGAGAUCAGUUAAAGUACGGUUUUUUGGAUCAAAAAUUUCUGUUUGGAACCUGAUAGGCUCUUUUUUGAGGUCCAGUGUUGCAAAUUUGCCACUGAAGUCUAGUGUUGCAAAUUCCAGAUAGUGCAGCUUAUCAUGCUCUCUAAGCCACUGAAUAUUUUCUUCAUAAUUGUAUAUUGUUUAUUCUUUAUGUAACAAAAUUGGUUGGGUGCCUAUCUGCUGAAAAUUAUGAGCACGGCACCACUAUGUUGUUCUUGCUGCAGUUCUCAACCGUUAUAUGGAUGGAUAUACACAGCCAAUAACACAAGCUGCUCAAUGUGCAUGUUUUAUUAUCU